AAGUACAACCAGGCAAAGUGCGCUACCAGGUGUUUGCAUGCCUCUCUCUUUCUAUGUUGCGUCUGUCGCUUACUUCAGUGCUGUUCUUUCUCUUUGUGCGCGCAGUAAAUCAGGUCGAUACGGCUGCGCAGCGCUUUCACAGCUGAUCAAACAGUUCUCUGCUCUCUAGCUCUCAUCACCUGCUACCUGCUGCCUGCUGUCGCAAGAAUGUCCUCUGACACAGUUGGGCCUAUGAUGCAGAAGUCUGUCAAGCCAGGACCUCGCUUGAGUUCUCCAGAAUGAGCUCCUCCCCUGGUCCGGCCCCUGCGUCAGCCUCCCCUGCCCUGGACUCUGGCAAGGCCAAUCGAGGGGACUUGUCUAACACCUUACCCCGUCUCUACACUUCCCCACUCGGCAUGGACAACCAGACCGUCUGCAUUCCAUCUCUGUAUGUGGAAGCCUGUCAGGAUUAUUCACCACCGCAUGGGGGAGAGAUCAGCCAUGGAGCCUUAACGCUCUACAGCCCCGUGUCCUCCACAGUGCUGGGGUACCCUCAUCCCCCCGUGUCUGAAAGCCUGGUCCCGCUCAGUCCGACAAUCUUCUGGCCUCCCUACACCACACACACUGCACUGUCUCUGCACUGCCCACCUCCACUGGCCUACAGCGAAACACAUUCACACACUGCCUGGGAGGACGCCAAGACACACGCGCUUAACCAGAGCAGUUCUGUCCUUACUCAUGCAAAGCUGUUAGGGCAGCAACUGGAUGGUGAUGAUGGCUUGAAUCCUUCACCAGGCAUUGUGGGUAAAAGAGACACACACUUCUGUGCGGUGUGUCAUGACUACGCCUCUGGGUAUCACUAUGGUGUCUGGUCAUGUGAAGGGUGCAAGGCUUUCUUCAAACGGAGCAUUCAAGGACACAAUAACUAUAUUUGUCCAGCUACCAAUCAGUGCACCAUUGACAAGAGCCGACGCAAGAGCUGCCAGGCCUGUCGACUCCGCAAGUGCUAUGAAGUGGGCAUGAUGAAGUGUGGUGUGAGGCGGGAACGCUGCAGUUACCGUGGUGCUCGUCAUCAACGCAACCCCCAGAUCAGAGACAGCUCAGAUGGGGCAUUAGGGGUCAGGCGUCGUUCCCAGCAUCAUUUAGAAUUUCCCCUCAAUCCCACUCACUUCUUCCCUUCAGGGGACAGAGCUGAGGGGCGUGGCCUAGGCCUCUCCCCUGAGCAGUUGGUCAACUGUAUUCUGGAGGCGGAGCCUCCUCAGAUUUAUCUGAGAGAGCCAAUAAACAAGCCGUAUACCGAGGCCAGCAUGAUGACGUCACUAACCAACCUCGCUGACCAGGAACUGGUGCUCAUGAUCAGCUGGGCGAAGAAGAUACCAGGUUUUGUGGAGCUGACUUUGUCAGAUCAGGUACAUCUGUUGGAAUGCUGCUGGCUGGAUAUCCUUAUGUUGGGAUUGAUGUGGAGAUCUGUGGAUCAUCCCGGGAAACUCAUCUUCUCACCUGACCUCAGACUCAACAGGGAGGAAGGGAAUUGUGUUGAAGGCAUCAUGGAGAUCUUUGACAUGCUGCUGGCCACCACCUCCAGAUUCAGAGAACUGAAGCUCCAGAGAGAGGAAUACGUCUGUCUCAAAGCCAUGAUCCUUCUCAACUCCAAUAACUGUUCAAGCUUGCCACAGACUCCUGAAGAUGUGGAGAGCCGUGGGAAGGUUCUGAGGCUGCUGGACUCUGUGACUGACGCUCUAGUUUGGACCAUCUCCAGAACAGGCUUGUCCUCACAGCAGCAGUCCAUCCGGCUCGCCCAUCUGCUGAUGCUGCUCUCACAUAUUCGACACCUCAGCAACAAAGGCAUUGAGCAUCUGUCAACCAUGAAGAGAAAAAACGUGGUGCUGCUGUAUGAUCUUCUGCUAGAGAUGCUGGAUGCCAACACGUCCCAGAGCAGCCGGAUUCUGGCAGCUCACACAGAAGCCUCUCUCCGGUCGGACACACAACAGACCACAGAGAUCCUCCACACAUCCAGACAGAGCGACCAGGAGUCCCGGCACAGUCCACAAGCUGAAGAGACAGUGGAUAAGACAUUACAUUGUUGUCCGCAUCGAGUGGACAUGGACACAGACUGACAGUGAGUAUCCCUUCUAUGGAUGGGAUAAGCUCCCUGGAUCCAGCAUUGGAUUUGAAUCCAAUUUCCAUGCCGCGUAUCCUAUGUAGGGUCUCAGGGGAAACAAACCAGACCUGGGAAAAAGAACUUUAGAUGACCAGCGACAAACUGAACCAAACAGGGCUUUCAAAUGGCUCAGUCCUGCUUCAACACAAUGCAGUUUAAACUGUUGUUUUUCUAUAUGCCGUAAUGUCAACCCGAAGAGGAAUCCUCCUCAUUCAAACCAAUCAUGUGUUCAGUAUUCAAGAAAUCACAAAUGGAAUCCUUUCAAACACUCCCCCAUCUGCCAUUUCUCAGCAAAAAGCUAGCACCACCACCCCUAAAUCGCACCAUUGGAUGAGCCAGUGUUACGUUGUGUCCUUUUGAGCCAUUCAAACAGAUUGUCGAAAGUACACACUGCACAUUUAAACAUUUUCUUUGCCAUCCCAAGAUGUCUGAGAACCUUUGACUCAAAAUGACGGUUUCUCUGAAGACUGGCCAAGCUAAAUGAAACACACACUUCUAAUAGUUUAUGCGUUUUGUACUCUGUGUCUUUGUAUUUGUAAGAUGUUGGAGUGCUGUUAUUUGCUGUCCUGUGGUGCUUUUUGUGGUUUAUAAAGUACUUGUCAUUGACAGUAAAUGUAACACUUUCUAAAACAUCUGUGAGUGUUGGCGCCUCUUUCAGAUGUUUUCUUGAAGCCUGGCUUAUACGCACAAUCAACAUAUGAAAAGUGUAUCAUUCUGAAAAUGUGACUUUGUAAUGUGUAAUUACAGAUGCAGUUGAGUUUUCCUGGUGCUACAUGUAACGGUGCAUCCUGACACAAUUCCUUGUGUAAAACUUUCUGCACCUGAAAUGUCCUAAGAAGCUGGAAUUAAAGCUGAGUGUAUAAUUUCUGCACACGUCACCAAAUAGUAUUACAAUGCUGCGUUCUAUCCUUAAGGGCUUGUCCCAAUGUUCUUAUCCCUUUGAAGGGUUUACCCUCCUGAGUGAGCGCUAGGAAGGGUGUGCACUUCUGCGUCAUCUUGCCAAGCAAAUUAAGGAGGCGUCGUAGUCACAUAUUUAAAACUGUGCAAAAAAUCAUGGGCGCACAGUGUCAGUUGUACCCUUUGAAAUUCUUCUUUCUGAAGUGCCCUUCAGAGGUGGUUAUCUUGUUUGGAACGCAGCAUGAAAGUCAUUUUCGAACCAUUUUCCCAAACACUCCCUCGUCUGCCAUUGGUUGGACAAACACAGUCCUAAACUCAUGCGAUUGGAUGAGCAGGUUGAAAUGCUCAAAUUUGCUUUUUAAUAGCUCCACUGUGUUUACAGUUUUUGUGGAAUUAACCUACUUAUAGUUAUCUGGUUAAACUGAGGUAACUGAAAAGAAAUUACACACUUCAGCUUUAAACGGGGGGGGAAAAAUACUGAUGAUACAGUGACACAACAGUAAGUUUCUAGAGGUAACAAAACUAAAGUCAUUUAUAUUGUAUA